CCACGGUUGCGGCGUGGCGGGACGCUGAGGGGCUGGCCGUGCUCCCGCGGGCUCGGUCGGGUGAUGGGCGCUGGGGGCGUGCAGCGGGGGUGAGGGGGAGCGCGGUGUCGCGGUCUCCUGGGAGCCCGUGCGGCCGGUGCGCUUGGCCGCGGCCUCUGAGCACCGGCCGCUGCCGCCCCGGGACCCGCCUCACCCCGGCGCGGCCGCGGCCCCGCUCCUGGCUGCAGCCGCGCGUCGACCUGAGGUAACGACGUGGCAGACGGCGGUCAGCGAAGCCAGGCGAGCGAGCGUUCCUUCGGCGCCGGGGAGCGCUCGGCGGCGCUUACCGGCCGCGCUCUCGCCACCGCUGCGAGGGCAUUGACAGCGAGACAGCAGAAUGAAGACCAAGUGCUGUAAUAGAUUUGUGUUUUGCUCCAAGACAACCGUCUAUACCUUUCUGCUUGGAGGAGUGUUUAUUGUGUUGGGCUCAAGUCGAAUCCUUUUGAUGAAGUAUUCCGCCAAUGAAGAUAACAAAUAUGAUUACCUUCCUACAACAGUGAACAUAUGUUCUGAAGUAGUAAAACUGGUCCUGUGCAUGGUAUUGGCACUAUGGGUUAAGAAAAAAGAGGGUUGUUUGGAUCAUCCCUUUGAAUGUCUUUCCUGGAAGAAUUUUUGUAAUUCCAUGAAAUGGUCAAUUCCUGCCUUUCUUUACUUUUUGGAUAACUUGAUUGUCUUCUACGUGCUGUCCUACCUCCAGCCAGCAAUGGCUGUACUCUUCUCAAAUUUUGUCAUUAUAACAACAGCUCUUCUCUUCAGGAUAGUGCUAAAGCGAAAACUCUCUUGGGUACAGUGGGCAUCUCUGGUGAUUUUAUUCCUGUCCAUCGUUGCCCUGACUCUAGGAACUGGAGGCCAUCAGCAAAGCUUGGCUGCACACGGAUUCCAUCACAAUAUGUUUUUUAGUCCAUCUAACCACUGCCUUCUCUAUGCCGGACCUGAGGAAGCAUGCCUGGAAAAGGGCAAUUGCGUAGCACCAAGUUUCCUUCCCAGCUUCCAGUGGAAUGUCACCAGUACCAUGGCAGGAGCAUUGAAACCUCUCCGCCUCAGCCUGGGCCAUCUGCUUAUUCUAGUGCAGUGUUUCAUUUCUGCCCUGGCUAACAUCUACAAUGAAAAGAUCUUGAAAGAUGGGGAUCAGUUUGCUGAAAGCAUCUUCAUGCAGAACAGCAAACUCUAUGCCUUUGGGGUGCUGUUCAAUGGGCUUAUGCUGGGGCUGCAGGCUAAGGACCGGAGGCAGAUAGGGAAUUGUGGCUUCUUUUAUGGGCACAACAUCUUCUCGGUGGCCCUCAUAUUUGUGACAGCUUUCCUGGGGCUGUCUGUAGCCUUCAUCUUGAAGUUCCGAGACAAUAUGUUCCAUGUUAUGACUGCUCAGAUCACCACUGUCAUCAUCACCGCCGUCUCUUUCGUCAUCUUUGACUUCAGGCCUUCUCUAGAGUUCUUUUUGGAAGCUCCUGUAGUGCUUCUCUCCAUAUUCAUCUAUAAUGCCAGUAAACCAAGAGGCCUGGAAUAUGCUACUCUGCGGGAAAGGAGCAAACUUGUCAAAGGAGAUGCGUGGGAGAGGUCAAGUGGGGAUGGAGAAGAAUUUGAGAGAUUGAACAAACCAAGCAGUGACAUCGAUACAGAUGAAGAUUCCCUUUAGCAUGAGGCUGGCUCAGAGGAGUGCUGUUACUCAUAGUGAGAGAAUGUUAAUGUUUUAUUAACAUAGAGAAGGGUCAUUUUUCCCCACUUGCAGAGCAAAUGAGACUAUUUGGGGGCUGGAUGUCAGAGAUGGAUGAGGAAAACAUUCAAGCCAUAUAUAUGGAGAGUUGUAUUCCCUCUUCCUAUCCAAGUAAAUCAGGAGUUCAAAAUCUGCUGAAAGAAACAAAAUUUGUAACUGAUGCAAACAAGAAGAGGCUUGGACCCUGGACUCAGUGGUCUGGGUGACAUGUGCUGCAUUGUGGAAGGCAGUCCUGGACUCUAACCAUAUGUCUUUCACCGCUUUUGUUGACUGUCCUGAGUCACUGCAACUUCCUGUAUGAAUUCCUUGGUUAGCAAAGCUAACUGUUCUCCACCUUGCAGAAGUGAUAUGAGCGUUGAUUAAUGUUUUUGCUGUAUCUUCCACUGUACAAAUGCUCCAGUAAGGUUUCUUUUCGGGACUUAAAAUGUUACUAAUAACCUCAUAAAUAACAAGGCAUAUUGACUGUUUUACUGUAUUUUGGCAAUUCAGGCUGACAUAUCCCUAGUUGAGUAAGAGUCCCUCUGAACCAACCUCAUCAAACUUUCACUUGAGAAUGUAUAAUAAAUCAAAUAAUUUGGGUUAAGGUAUGUUGAUCUGUCAAACAGGCAGACCUCUAGAGUGUGAUUUGAGUUUGAAUGGUCUUAAUUCUGUCUUCAUUCCUGUUUUUACAUCAGUGUAACUCUACUGACUCCUGUGGAGUCCGUCCUUUCUGAUUUUCUCUGAUGUGACUGAGAGCAGAAUAGAUUUCACUGACUUCAGCCACUAGUUCUCACAUUUUCAGUGUGAGACUGUUGUGUGCCUGUCUCCCAGUGUCUGGGGAAAUGGAAAUCUGGAAUGCCUUUGUAGCAGAUAGUGAAUUUUACAUGCAACUUCUGUGGCCUAACUUUGAAAGAGCUUGAAUAAAACAAAAGUGUGUUAUACACUUUAUGAAUUACAUGUUA